CUCCCCCUGCGGACAGCAGCUCCAUCAGGUAUCCCUCCCAAUGUGGGUACCUUGGGUUCCCCCUUGGCGGGCAGACACCCUCCAGCUGUAGCGCCACCAUACGGCAGAGUAUGACGUUGGGCCCAGGAGCAUGAGGAGCACAGCUAGAGGAGAUGCUAGUAACGAUAUCGACAUGCUCAACCCCAGCUUGACUGACCUGCAACUCCACGGUUACUUGUGGGACGAGCUGAGAGAGGACAGCCUGGCUCCUGAUUCGCUGGUGGCAAUCAGUCCCUCUCCGUCCCUCUCAUCUUCCCAGCCAACACACUUCCUCCUGGGGUCAAGUCUGAGGAGCACCUGUCCUGUCAACCAGACAUCAGAGUUGAUCUCUGUCGGUCUGGGGAAGGAAGAGGAGGAAGAUGAGGAGGAGAUGGACGGAGGAUGUGGAGGUCUAUCAGACCUACAUAUUAAUGGACAGUACCACACAGCCUACACAGGUGUGGAGAGUUUAGCUGGUUACCUCACUUCCAUGGGGAACACCCCCAUACCUUUGCUUUGAAGCCCAGGAAUAGGGCUCCCUUCGUGAAAUCUCACCAAGAYCUUCCCCCUGGACCUCCAGGACAACUCAAGACUGGGGUUGUGAAGGUCAAGACUUAUCACAAUGCAGCAAUGAAACAGUGACAAUAUUGUGCACAGUUUGAGCACAAUCAAACAUCAUAUUUUGCUUUGCUUUGAACCUGUAGAGCUUGUUGGCUCAAUUUGUCUACAAUUAGCCUGAAUUAAAUGUGUGAGUGAGUAGGGGUUCAGGUUUUAUCACAAUUGUGUUAACAAUAUGUUUUUAUUCAUAUCAUUGACUGUGGCUGGGUCAAAUUCAAAACUUGACAUUCAUGAGAAUGAAUGGAUCCAAAAGCUCAUGACACAUCUUACUGUUCAGUGAUUAGGAGUAGAGUGCAGUACCACCUAACUUCACACAAGAUGGCAGCAGAGAGCUGUAGUGAACGUUAGAGUUGUUGAUAAAAAUACAGCGCUGGUGACAUUUCUUCCUUAUUCUACACUACAGAGAAUCAUAUCUGUUCWACACAACACAUUUCUAUGUUGAACAUUUUGUGAAGUCUCUUUCUCCUGAAUAAGCCCCCUGUUGUGAUAUGUUCCCGCUUUUUCAAUUUGCAUUUUAUUCAGUUUAUGGUGACAAGAGAUGAUUCAAGCCAUCUGGUUUUAAGCUCAAAGCUAAUGAAUGUAAUUACAAGAUUUGUCUUAGCAUAAUUGCUGAUACGAAACAGGGAACAUACUCACUGUUAACUCAAUUAAUUUUCUUUCUAGAAAUWGUUUUCAAAGCUUUCUAGCUAAAAUACCAUUGAGGAUGGAAGUCAAUGUCAAGGCAGAGCCGGACAACUGUUCUCAGACCUUCCUCUGGUUCCUGUAAGCCCUAUCUAAUCAUUUAGCUUCCAUAAUUAUGAAAAUGAAUAAGGUGACAUCACCUUACCAGGAACAUAUUUCGAGAGUGUAUUUUAGUCAUAGCAUGUGUGAAAAGGCCCUUUUUCUUGUAUGGAAUGACUGAGUGUAUAGUAAACUGUCUUUGAUUUAUAGCGCUUAAACUGAUUCAUGAUUUGAUAUUCUAGUCUAGACGUCUAUCACCAUCACAAAUCUAUCCAGACAUUGUAAAACAACCUUUGUUAUAAUUGGCUGUUCCCACAUAUUGUAGCUGGUGUCAUUGUUUUACCAUCUUGGGUAUCAAGUGAAAAAAGACCACAAGUCGCAUUUCAAGACUUCCCAAAAAAAUCACAUAUAUUUAUUUCUCUGAGUGGCAUUUCAACUGUCCAAACUUUACAUCAUUUUAAUUUACAAUAACCACAUUUCUUAUAAAUACAUCUGCAAAUCUCUUGAGACUAAAUAUGUGCUGGAUAUCAAAAUGAAUAUCUGGUUUUGAGUUCAUAUAUGACUAUCCUUCGCCUACUUUUAACUCGUCAAAGUGGCUACUUAAAAAAAUACUUUAGAAGAUAAAACUAUGAGUAUACAUAAAUAAACACGACUAGGGUUGCAAAAUUCCAGUAACUUUCCUAAAAUUCCCAGUUUUUCCAAAAAUCCAUCUUGGAAAAUUCCUGGAAUCAGGCUGGAAUAAGAAAUSCAGGAAUCCUCCAAAAGGGACU